AUGACGGCAUUUUUGAACGGGCCCACGGAUCCAGCGCACUUGGGUGGCAGCGAGCUCGCCCUGGUGAAGGAAUACGGCCACUCUCUGGGGCAGCUUUGGGCCGCCCUGGCGACAUUCCUGGGCCCGCCCGAGCGCCGCCAGCUCGUUUCCCCUCCCGAUGAUGGCCAAGGCGGUGAUGGUAACGGGGAUAACGAUGACGACGGGAAUAACGAUGACGACGGGAAUAACGAUGACAACGGGAAUAACAACGAUGGCAGUGGGAAUAACAACGAUGGCAGUGGGAAUAACAACGAUGGCGGCGGCGAUUACGCCAGAAGGCCGAAGCAUGCCCGACGCGGCACCAGGCAGGAGGGAUUUGUUGACUCGAGCAAGAUGGAGAUUGAGUCAAGCAGCCCCAUCGAGGCAUCAUCCCAAAGCACACUCGGCUACGUACACAUGGAGAGCCACGCCCUCGCCGAAGGGCCCGAGGACGACACGUUGCGCCUGAUUACCUGCGCGCUCCGCCACGUACUGUACUUUGCGCCGCCCAACAAUGAGCCGAACACAGCCGGCGCCGUCAUCGAGGUCCGUGACGCCAAGAUAAGGCUCGCGGCGAUAACUGGCUCCCACUCGCUCGUCGCCGUGGACGACGGCGGCUUGUGCCUGCGAAAGCCCCUAGUGUUGGCCAGCCACGGCGACCCGCAAAAGCCUCAAAGGUUGGUGUACAUGACGGCCAAUGAUCACGUCCUGAUGCUGGAAGCCAAGAGGAGACUGCAGUGCUUCCAAGAGGGCCGACCGAUCAUAUCCGACUCCUGCCUCGCGCAAAUGACUUGCCAGGCUUUGACCUGGAAAUUUGCGAACGUGGGAUCCUACGACAGCAUCUUCAUCCUGCAUGCAGCGCAGAAUUAUUUCUGCUUUCUUCGAUUUGACAUUUCCGUCGACUACCUGGGGGAUAUACAGUCAGAGGAGCCUGAGCUCUUCUUAAACGUGUAUCACACUCCGUGGUACAGCCUGGGCCAGAAAGGUGGCCGGACCUAUUUCGCAGAUACACUGUGUUCUAUCAUGAAGUGGGCAAUGUCUUAG